AAAAAAAAAAGGAAGGAGUCGUUCUGACCACUGAGUCAACGUAACACUAGAACAUUUGCAAGUUUCAUCCGCAUAUCCAUUUUUGUUCGCUUCGUUUUGACCCUUUUCAUUGUUUUUUUUUUUUUUGUCCCUGCCUUAGUAUACCAUCAAAUCUGCAAUUGUCGUUUAUCAGCAAAUCAUCGUUGUCGCCGGCAAUCAUGCAACGCACGGGGUUGUUGCAGUGAGCGAGGGCAAUGUUUGCCACAGGGAAGCUGUGCCUGCAUCAGAUUAUUUUGGCCAUGUGGCGCAGGAAGCCCAUUCUACUUUUCGUGGUGCUGGUGGUGGUGCUGCUGGUUGUGUUGCUCCAGUAUAGUUCCCUGGGCAACCAUAAUGGACGAGGCGAGUCGUUGCUGGCCUCCCCCUUUGGCAUGGCUCCUCCAGCAGCUCCUGAGCAACGGUGGGUCGGCGAGCAGCAGCAGCAGCAGCACAAGUCGGGUGAAGCCAAGCCUGUCAAGGAACCAGUACACAGUGCCCAGAAGAGCAAAGUUUUCAUCCCUGAGCUGCGGUUUGUCCACUUCGACCUGAAGGGGGCACCACCUAAGGUGGCCUAUCUCAAGCAGGUGUUUCUGCUCAUUCGAGAAGCUGGUGCCAAUGGCAUCCUAUUGGAGUACGAAGACAUGUUUCCGUACCAUGGCUCAUUAGAGCCAAUCCGUGCAAAGAAUGCUUUCAAGAAGUCAGACAUCGAAGAGAUUCUGGCAGCUGCCAAGGAAAAUAACCUGGAAGUGAUCCCUCUGGUGCAGACAUUUGGACAUUUGGAGUUUGUGCUUAAGCUGCCAGAAUUCAGGCAUAUAAGAGAAGCUGAUGAACACCCAACAGCCCUGUGCCCUUCAAGGAAUGAGAGCUUCACUGUAGUGAGUACCAUUGUAGAUCAGGUAUUGGAAUUGCAUCCUAAUGUCAAGUGGUUGCACAUUGGCUGUGAUGAAGUGUUCCACAUGGGUUACUGUUCACGUUGUAUGCAACGAGACCGGGAAGAACUGUUCCUGACUCAUGUUCAGCGUGUGGCACGCCAUGUAAGAGACCGUCAUGGCAGGGUGCCUAUUAUAUGGGAUGACAUGCUGCGUCAAAUAAGUGCUGAAAAGUUGAAGCCAUUGGGUAAGCUUGUAGAGCCCAUGGUGUGGUCCUAUGUCAAGGAUGUGUACCGCUUCAUCAGCUACAGCAACUGGGCUACCUACAGCGAAGCAUUUGAAGCAAUCUGGGCUGCCAGUGCAUUUAAGGGUGCGUUUGGUGAAACUUUGACUGUGCCAAAUGUACGCAUGCACCUUGAAAACAACGAAGGUUGGCUUGAAGUUAUGAAUGAGCAGCAUGCCAAGUUCUCUCACUUCAGAGGCAUUGUUGUGACUGGCUGGCAGCGCUACGACCACUUUGCGACGUUGUGUGAGCUCUUUCCUGCUGGCCUGCCAUCCCUGAUACUCAACCUGCUGGUGCUGUCCAAUGGUGCGUACAGCACUGAACUGCUGUCUCGUUUUCACAGCCUGCUCAAGUGUAGCCACUCCCGGUCGCCAAUGGACCUGCAGAAUGACCCAUACCUUUGGCAGAAGGGCUAUGGCUGCUUUUUUCCAGGUUCAGCAGUGUUCCGCCUGACGCAGACACACAGUGAAGCCAUCAAGAAGGCCGACGACUACAUGCACGACGUGACAAUAGGCAAAGCCUGGAUCACGGAGUACAAUAUUCGUCGCAACCUGACGCUGCCCAGCCGCGUGGACCAAGUGCUUGAAGAACACUCGUCCACACUUUACACCCUCACCUCGCUCAUACAUCAAGCGCGUGACGUGCUGCGCGAAGUUUUCGAUGAGUACACUGUGGCCGAGUGGAUCGAGCAGAACAUCUACCCGUGGGUGCUGCGCCUGGAGAAGCUGUGGAACGAUGCCCUGUCCAUCAAGAAGACGCGCACUUGGCCCGUGCGGCCACUCGACCCGCUGCCCGACCUUCGCCGUUUCAAUGUCGGGGGAGUCUGAUGGGACAAAAUGUGCGCUAUCGAGGGACGGCAUGUGCACGAACAAAUGUGGAGGAGAGUGGGACUUGCAUUUUUUUUUAUUAGUGAGUGGGUUUUUUAGAACAUCAUUUUUGUUGUCGUACCUGCUGUAUGCAUCCUCACUCUUGUUGAGACACGGCCAGGACUUUCUGGUGUUCGCUGUACUGUGCUACAUAUUUAUGUUCACUGAGUGUGCAUCAAUAAAAAAAGGCCCUUUUAAGUUAUUCAUUA